AGCAGACCUGGUACAGAAGCAAACUGUUAGGAACUUGCAAAAAUAAAACUUCCCGUACGAAGAAAAUGAAGUACAUCGCCCUCUUGCUCGUCGCCUCCUUCAUCGCCGCCGCCAUGGCCGGUGAAGCAAAGGAAAAAGUUGUAGAGAUGUUCAACAAAUGCAAAGAAACCCACCCAGUCUCCGAAGAAGAAGUUGAACAAUUCAAAAAGAAGGAACCUGUUCCUUCCUCGUCUGAAGCCAAGUGUCUCAUGGCUUGCAUGCUGAAAGAAGGAAAAGUUCUGAAGGACGGCGUCUACUCCAAAGACAACGCUUUGAUGUUGGCUGACGUUCUUCACAAAGAAGAUCCCGAACAGGCUUCUAAAGCAAAAGAAGUUAUUGAACACUGUACCAAAGAAGUUGGAACUGAAGUUGGAGCAGAUGAAUGUGAAUUCGCUUACAAAAUGGCAGUUUGUGGAUCAGAACACGCUAAAAAACUUGGAGUCAAGACACCUGACUUUUAGAUCAACAUAGAAGCAGCAUUAAAGAAAAAUUAACAAAAUAAAAUAAUAAUUUGGAAUACCAAUCACCAUUACACAAUUUCAUAGGAUCAGUAUAAUCAAUAUGUGAAUCUUAUUUAAAUAAAAUUGGCCUGCCAUAUCUUUCAAUUUUA